UUCAGCUUCGUAAUGCAGAAAAAUAAAUGAUAUAAAAUGGACAGCGACUACACACAAAUAACUACACAGAAAAAUGAGCCAAAUGAAGGCAGGCAAAGUUGUAAAACUCCAAGAAAAUUCUUCUUUAGACAGUUGUUCGUUACGAGUGGAGCAUGGACUAUAUAUUUCUUGGUCGGCUUGUACGUCGGAGCACCCACUGUGAUCAUCCCUCAGUUACGACGGGAAGCCAACUCUACUGACGCGGUCAGCUUACAAAUGGCUUCGUGGUUAUCUUCCAUGUCCAGCUAUUCGUCUCUCCUCUGGGAAUGCGUUCUGCCAUUCAUUCUGUCUUUUUACGGCAGGAAGAUAACAUCUAUCAUCAUUCAUACAUCUACGCUUAUGGUCACAAUAGCGUUCUACUUCAGCUCGACAACUACUCAUUUACUCAUCUCAGAGUUUUUGCAUGGCAUCCCGUAUGCUGGUAUUUUGACAACUUCAGUAUUAAUCAUAGCGGAGUAUUCGUCACCAUCGAACAGAGGAAUUUUUUUAAUAGUAAAAUCUGCGUCCGUGUUUUGGGGUAUUUGGGUAUCUAACGCAGUAGGCACAUUUUUUCAUUGGAGGAAUAUAGCCUUAGUAGGUUUUGUGUGUUCUGCUUAUUCAUUGACUGUAUUCUUCUGGCCUGAGUCACCUUUUUGGUUAGCGACUAAAGGGCGAUAUGAGGAUUGCAAGAAAUCACACAGAUGGUUAAAAGGUGUUGGGGAGAAAUCCGAGAGAGAACUAAGAAAUAUGAUCAUCUCGCAAACUGAUGUUAAAAACGUUGAUACUGAAAACGUUUUAGCGUAUACGUUCAAAACUUUACGGUCUAAAGAGUUUUAUUUACCGGUCAUAGUAGGGUGUUUGCCUAUCAUCAUGUAUCAGUUCUCAGGCAAAAUUGUAUUUAACAUCUAUGCUAUAGAGGUCAUGAAAAAGAUUUCAGAUAACGAGUCAGCUGCGUACACUGGUAUGUUAAUCAUGGAUGGCGUGACUGUUUUCAGCAUGUACGUUUCUAGUAUCAUUUCAAAAUAUACCACUAGAAAGUUUUUACUUAUAUCUACGUCAAUAUCAUCAAUUGUAUUCUUGUUAGUAUUGUCUUUAUAUUUGUAUUUAGUUAAAUUAUGUAUAUUAACAGAAAAUGUGUAUGUGUCUAUAUGUUUGCUGACAGGAUUUUCUUUAUUUGUUAGUAUGGGACCGGCGUCUUUAUGUUUGGCGUUAUACGGAGAACUUGUUCCCUUGAGGCAUAAAAGUUUAGCCGUUAUAGUAACAGCAGCGGUAAUGUCUUUCAUGCAAGCGACUAAUUUAAAAGUGGCUCCUUAUAUGUUUAGAUCAGUUGGAAUUCACGGGGCAUGUUUAUUUUACGGGUUAACAUCAUCUGCCUUUAUUAUACUAUUGAUUAAAUAUUUACCAGAAACUAAAGACAAGACUUUGCAAGAAGUUCAAGAAUAUUUUAAGAAGGAUCGCGAUGAAAUUAAUACUUUAGUCUAAUUAAUCAAAAUAAAACAACAUCGGAUUAACUUUGGUUUAUUUAUAUAAUAACGAUAAAAAAAUAUUUGUCAAUAAAAUUUUAAAAAUAUAAUUUUUUUAGCGUAAUUAAACUACUAAAUGUUAUAUAGCCAUAUAUUCUUACAGAUAAUGGAAUGGGCUUGAAAACUAACCAAAUUGGUUCUCCAAUAAACUCCUGCUACCAAGAGAAAAAUG